AUCAAGUCUGGAGUUUCUCUGACUUCGUCUGAAAUUGUAGGCAUGAUCAAUUUGUUUAAGAAACCUUACAAGAAAAAAGCAGGCAAAUUCCAGCCUUUCAAGAAGCUCUUCAGUAAGAGGAAGAAAAGAGAGCCUGCCUCAGACUGCGAGGAAGCCAAACUGAAGCCCAGUCACUCCUUUGGCAACGUCUGCAACAGCACCUCCUCCUCCGAUGAAGAGCCAAAUGGUGGUUUGAGGUCCUCCCAUUAUUCUAUGGGCAGUCGAGCAUUUUCCCAUGACAGUAUUUUUAUACCUGAUGGGAGAACAGAGGGUGAACAGGCCAUCCAAGCAAUGUCACAGGAGAAUGUUUUAGGAAAAGUCAAAACUCUUCAGCAACAGUUGGCCAAGAAUAUAAAAUUUGGGCAGCCUCCACAAAUGACAAUUUCCGUGAGGACACUGGGGGAGGCAAACACUAAUAUAGAAGAGGAUACGUUGCUCAGUAGCCCCAUGGAGAUUGAGACUCAGCAGCAGGACACAGUGAUCUCUGACAGUGGUAAUAAAUCCGCGGACACUCCAGAUAUGUUGAGAGCAAUGAAUUUGCCUGGAACAGGACACGAAGUGGAAGAAAAGGUCACUCCAGUCAAAUCAUCUCGACCAAAAAGACAAUUUUCCUGUUCUGGUACAAUUGAAACAAUCAAUUUGGAUUCAGUUCCCCAGGCUGUUGCUCGUCUAGACAACAGUGCAGCUAAACACAAGCUGUCAGUGAAGCCAAAAAAGCAGAGAAUGUCCAGAAAGCACAAGAGACUAACAAAGGGAUCACAAAGUUUAACAAUAACAGAAUUUGAGCCAGAGGACCUAGAAAUUCAGGUAUAUGGAGACAGAUACCCAAGUUAUAAUGGACACAUCAUAACAGACAAGCUAAUCCAGAACAGAGAUGAGCAGAAACAGCUUCAACUGGCAGAGGAGAAAAUAACAGAAGACCAUUGGGGGAUCUUAGAGGCUGAAAGGAUAAGGCAGAUUGUAGAAAUGGAAGAACAAAGAGAAAUGGAAGAACAAAAGUGCCAAGAACUUGAGCAAAUGCAGAAAGAGCAGGAGAGAAGGUGUUGUGAAGAAGAGAGGAGGCAGUAUCUCCUUGAAGGAGAGACAACUUUGGAAACAGAAGAGCAAACAUGCCAUAAAGAUGAGAGAAGACUGCUGGAGGAUGAAAAGAGGCAAGACUUGGAGGAGCAGAGGCUCCAAGAGCUGGAGAAGCAGAGGUGGAAGAAGUUGGAGGAGCAACAGGUCCAAGAACUGGAGGAGAAGCACCAGGAACUGGAGAGGCAACAGAGACAUGAACUGGAGGAGCAGAGGCACUGGGAAUGGGAGGAGCAACAGAGACGAGAGCUGAAGGAGCAGAAGAUCCAAGAACGGGAGGAGCAACAGAGACGAGAGCUGAAGGAGCAGAAGAUCCAAGAACGGGAGGAGCAACAGAGACAAGAGAUGGAGGAGCAGAAGCUCCGAGACAAGGAGCAACAGAAGAGACGUGAGAUGGAGGAGCAGAAGCUCCAAGAACAGAAGGAGCAACAGAGACGUGAGAUAGAGGAGCAGAAGCUCCGAGAACGGGAGGAGCAACAGAGACGUGAGAUGGAGGAGCAGAAGCUCCGAGAACGAGAGGAGCAACAGAGACGUGAGAUGGAGGAGCAGAAGCUCCGAGAACGGGAGGAGCAACAGAGACGAGAGAUGGAAAAGCAGAAGCUCCGAGAACGGGAGGAGCAACAGAGACGAGAGAUGGAGGAGCAGAAGCUACAAGAACAGGAAGAAAAACAGAAACAAGAGCUGGAGGAACAAAAGCUCCGAGAACGGGAGGAGCAACAGAGACGAGAGAUGGAGGAGCAGAAGCUCCGAGAACAGGAGGAACAGAAGAAACAUCAGGAGAUGGAGAAACAGAAGCACCAGGAAUGGGAAGAGCACAGGUGCAAGAAACUGGAAGAGAAACAGGGACAAGAGCUGGAGGAUCAGAAGAGGCUAGAGCAGGAAGAAUUAAGGCAACAAGAGAUUGAAAAAUGGCAUCAAGAGGAAGAAGAAAGAAAUCGGCUGGAGAAACAAAAAGAACUCAAGGAUAAGGAAGAAAAACAGAGACAAGAGCUAGAAGAGAAAGAGUUUCAAGAAGCUGAAAUAAAAAUGAGACAGGAGAAAAAAGCUGAGAGUCUCAAACAACAGAAGAAACAGGAGGAACAAAGGCAACAUUUGAAGGAGAAAGGAGAAAAGAUAGAGAAUGAACAACCCCAGCAAGUAAUGGAUAAGAAAAAGAAAUGGGAAGGGCAGAGAAAACACAAACUCACAAAACAAAUGCACAUGGAAAGCGCAGAAACUGUGCCACAAGAUGAACUGAAGCAGCUAAAGGAACACAAUGAAAAAGAAUGGAAUAAGCUGGAAGAGCAGGAGGUAGACACAAAAGGAAAAAGCCUUCAGCAAAACCAACAAGAAAAGUUCUUGGAACAACAACAGGACAAGGUUGAGUUGUGUACUGGAAGCGGUGAUAGGCACGCAGUACAGGAGAAGCUUCAAGAAGGAUCAGGAUCCCCAAAACUCAAACAGCCAGAAAAAGGAAAUAAAACAGCAGAAGAAGUCCUAGCCCAGAAACUGAAGAGAGAAGUUGAGGCUCAGGAGCAAAAGCGAAUAGGGGAAGAACUAAGGUGGCAAGAGGUAGAUGAAAGACAGACCACAUCCAGACCCUUCACAUUUCAGGUGUCUUCUGGAGAUAAAGAGAUCAUAUUUCAGAAAGUAAAUCUGAGUCCAGUCAUGCCUGUCAAGGAAGCAGGACUGUCUUCUCCAUCCAUCAAAGACUACAGGAUGCACACUUCCAGCAAGGUUUCUCAUACACUUCCAUCAUCUGUGUGUGUACCCCAUACAGCUAUUUUGGUUACGGGAGCACAGCUGUGUGGCACAGCAGUUAACUUGAACCAGAUAAAGGACACAGCUUGUAAAUCAUUACUUGGCUUAACAGAAGAGAGAAAAAAUGUGGAUAUUCCCUCACCAGAGAAGGCCCAGAAAAAAAAACAGGAUCCCAAAACCAGCAGCAGUAAAAUUAAAUAUGCACAGGAAACAGUGAACAACCAGGCGGUACUUGCUGAGUGGGCCUCUAUCCGCUCCAGGAUCCUGAAGAACGCAGAAAAUGGCAAAUACAAUGAGAGAGACCGAGGAAGUGUCUGCAGACACAGUGAUGACUGGACACCCCGAGGACGAGGUGGUCCCCAUGGUAACUUGAGGAAAACCCUCUCUGCGAAUGCAAAGUUCUCGAUAACGCCAGCAUGGCAGAAAUUUUCAGAAGCUUCAAAAUCCAGUUCACACACUGAGAAUGUAAGUGUUGCAAAAGGCAGUGAAACAGUGGCUGUGAAUAGAAUCACUGGCUCAUCCACUGAUUUGAAGGAGGAUGCGGCUUCCACUUCUAAGGAUAACUUAACUGAAAAGGCCAAAGAGAAAAUGGAAACCCAUAGUGAAAUGACAGACAACACAGAAGGCUGUAAAUUUGCAAAAGAUCUUCCAUCUUUCCUUGUUCCAAGUUUUUCUCAUUCUCUGGGUAAAGAAUUACCCCAGACAGAACUUCCCAGUGCUCUGGAAAAUCAGCAGAAUAACAACACAAAAAAAGUGGAUAAACCAGCACCAAAUGGAGAAGAAAAUAUUUCUCCUUUUGGGAUAAAGUUACGAAGGACAAACUACUCCUUACGUUUCCAUUAUGAUCAACAGACAGAACAGAAGAAAAAGAAAAGAUACAGUGCAGGGGAUAGUUUUGAUGGUGUGCCUGACCCACUAAUUACAAUGGAAGAUGAGAAAGAAUCCACUGUUUUUGCUCCACAAGAGAGUACAUCUCCUGGCAUGGGAAGAGUCCCUGGUAAUUUAAAAGACUCAAAAGACUCUCCAGUUACUGUGGUGGAGGUUUCACAACCAGCAGGCUCACCAGUGGUCCUACCAGCCAUGGGCCAGAGUGCUUUACCCCUUCAUGAGAAACCUGCAUGCAAGUCACUGGUCCCACAGAAACCUGCUUUAGCUCCAAAGCCCACCAGCCAGACGCCACCAUCAUCUCCUCUCUCUAAAAUGAACAGAUCAAACCUAGCUGAUACGCUCGGGCAAAGGUUCGUGAAAGCUGAAUCUGACAGGGGUUGGAGAAAAGAAGACAGAGCAAAUGCAGUGCACCCCACACCACCCAAUGAGUACAAAAACGAAGAGGAAGAAAUCAGAGAAAAGAAAUCGUUUUUCCCAUCUAUAAGCAUUCCAUGGAGGGAAAAAAAUGACAAAAAGCCUGAGCCAUUGAAGAAAGAAAAACCAGUCCUCCAGAGCAGGCACUCUUUAGAUGGCUCUAAAUUGAUGGAAAAAGUUGAAACUUCACAACCACUUUGGAUUACGCUAGCGCUGCAAAAGCAAAAGGGAUUUCGUGAGCAGCAAGCCACGAGGGAGGAGCGGAGACAAGCCAGAGAGGCGAAGCAAGCAGAGAAGUUGGCUAAAGAAAAUGCUGCUUUAAGCAAUCAGUCAGAUAAUAAAAGCAGCAGCAGCAAAACAAGCACACUGCAGAAGUCUACCACUCAAGAAGGGGAGAAGAAAAUUGAGACUGCUGUGUCAAGACUAGAAAGAAGGGAGCAGCUAAAGAAGUCAAACACCCUUCCAACUUCUGUGACAGUGGAAAUUUCAGAUUCUGUUCCGUCAACCCCACUGGCAAAAGAGGUUGCCAAGAGGUUCUCUACACCUGAUGCUAACCCUGUGUCAACAGAACCAGCCUGGCUUGCAUUAGCCAAGAGGAAAGCAAAAGCCUGGAGUGACUGUCCACAGAUCAUAAAGUAAACUGUAAAAUUACAUCUCUAUUGCUGACUAUUAAUUGCUUUCUUUUUAUUUAUUCAGCUUUUUACACAUGAAAAAACUGAAAAUGCAUGUAUUGAAGGACUGAAAACUGAACUGAUUGCCAUUUUGCUCUAGCUCAUGGUAAAGUCUACUCAAGUUGUAUAUUCUAUUGUUUUGACAAAUAGCUAAAUGAGGUAAUGGCAAAAAUUUCAGAGCCAGACACUCAAAAAAUAAGAAUGCUCAGAUACUGGAUGUAAAUUUUAGCAUGUAUCAUUAAAAGGGCAAGAACUUCAGUUCAGAAGCUCCUUAAAUUCCAUGAAUAUUUGGCUCUGGAAUUUUAUAUCUCCACACUUAAGUGGAGAUCUCAGAAUUUUUUUUCAACACUCCAGUGUUGAAAAUUAAGGCAAGAUGCAUGUUCCUUUUUCUUAUUCCUUAUUUUUCUAAAGUGUUAAACUGUAUGAAGUGUCAGUUCUACCUGCUUGAUAGCUUCUUCCAUAAUGAAGAACUUCAGGAGAUAUUUUUUCACCUGCAAAUGACAAGAUGGUACCAUC